GUUGCAGGAAGCUCAUGGCCACAACACGAGAGUGACGCGCAAUACGGCCGAGCCUCUUCACGCCUCAAACACCCCAACCAACAUACAACAGUAUUUUGUGCAAGACGGGCCACAGGCUUGACACACCGCUGGCUAUGGCCUUCACAAUUAAGAUGGCGAAGGCGAAGAAGAAAGGCAAGGGCGCCAGGAAUCUGCCGCAUCAGAUCUGUGACGGACAGCACUGCGUGUCCAUAAGCGGCCAUUGCAUUCAUGCAGGCUGUGAAGAGCUGCUCCAGCUCCAGCUGUAUGACUUGAACAAUGAGAAUCUGUCGCUCUCUCUGGCCGUUGACAUCCGCAGCGAGGCUGACACCAAGCUCUACAAUGGAUGCGGCUCCGUGCAGUGGACUCGUGAAGAGUCGAAAAUGUACCAUCAAGCUAUUGCCUGCAUUGCUACAGACACCAGCCCGACGACCCCAGAUUGCCAUUGCACCUUCUGUAAAAUCCACACGGCCCGCGAGGAAGCAAUUGUUUGGCGCAAGAAGCUGGCUGCAGCCGAGACCAGACUCGACCUGCUACGAACGUAUCAAGCGGCCAAUGAUAAAGACGCCGUUGAUACAGCUGCCGAGAACCGGUAUGCUGACGUCUUGGGCUUAGCUGCGCUACGCUACGCUGUUACUGACCUUACAUAGCUACUUUGCGAAGGGAAAGUACUUUAAUGUAACCGGCAGCUUGCGCGGCUAUGGCGCGGCAGCACUCAAGCCCAAGCUGCAGAUGCAGAGUUCUUACGAUGUUGCGGCUCUGACGACAAACAGUAUGAUUAGCAAGCCAAUCAAAACCGCGGCCAGAGAAAGCGCACCUAGGUUCACCAAGGCCAUAGCCGCUGGUGUCGACAAGCAGGCAAAGGUCGGCGCCAGCGGUGAUGGAUCGUUGCAGAGUUUGCUGCAGUACAUUCAAGCAGAUACCGCAGAGCGAGAGGAAAUAGUGCGGUGUGUUCUCGCC